CUGACUUCAGCCUCAUUGGGCUUGAAUCUGGCCUCCGGUUCUAACUUCUGCUUCUCUUGUGAACAAAGCGAAGUCGACUCUAGUCGCCUGCUGGUGGAAGCAACUGCCAGUAGCUCCACUUCUGAUCGUGGUGGUCCACAGGAUGCGUUAAACCGGUUGCGUAAUCUGUCGAUUCGAGAGCUAGGUGCUUUGUUGCGUGCGGCCAGAGAUGAGGCCGGUAUUCUGCUCGACGUCGGAUCUUCCGGUACCUUAAUUUCCACAUGCAUUCUUUUUCUGCUCUUUUAUAGCUUAGACGAAAUUUUUUUCACCAUCUGGUAG